AACAGCAAUUUUGAGGUUAUAGUUAUAGUUAUUGUUUUUAUAAUACCAGAAACUUUAUACUUUGUCAUAAAUGGAAGAAAAUAAAGAAAAAUUAAUUGCGACAAAAAAUUGUCUAACCACAUUAAAAUUAAUAGAAGAAAACAUAACUGUCCUCGAUCUGAGCCAAAAUUAUGUAAAUAAUAUCAUAGAAGACAAUAUACAGCUACCUAUAAAUCUAACUGAAUUAUAUUUAAAGCACAAUGAACUUACUGAAGUGCCUGUUCCAGUAUUAAAUCUUGAAAAAAUUAAAAUUUUAGAUAUUUCGUUCAAUAACAUACAAUAUUUUGACAACACUCCAAACUUUUACAAAACAAUUGAACGAUUAAAUAUAUCAAACAACAAUCUAUUGGGCCCACCAUACUGGAUAUGGUCAGAGAAAUGUAAACAUUUAAUUGAUGUUAAUAUAAGUUUGAAUAUAAAAAUUACAAAUUCUCUUGACAAUGCUUAUUUCGAAGAAUUACUCGAAUACAAUACACAAGUCACUAAUCUAACGAUAAAUAAUUGUAUGCUAAUAAAUCAUUUAGAAUUAUUAGGUACAUUUCCCAAAGUAAAAGUGCUUAUUAUGGGGAGUUCCGAAGUAAGCAAUUUUUGUUUUACAAACAAAAUUGAAGAAGUGCCUUUUAAUGGAUUAGAUAAAUGCUGUGAUAUAGAAAUAUUAGAAUUAAGCAAUGUAAAUAUUCUCAAUAUUACUCCUAGUAUAAAAAUAUACAAAAAUUUAAAGAAUAUUAAUCUUUCACUAAACAAAUUGUCUGGUCUUCCAGAAGAAUUCUGCAACUUAGUUAACUUAGAAGUAUGCAUUUUGUCAUUUAACAAUUUAUUAUAUUUGCCUGAUAACUUUUGUAAACUUGAGAAAUUAAAAAGUCUUUUAAUUGAUAGCAACAGCUUGUGUAUGCUUCCUGAAAAUUUAUGCCAAUUACCAAACCUUAGAACACUAGACUUGUAUGAUAAUUACCUUAAUGAUGCACCAGUUGAAAUGGAAAACCUAAUAGAAAUAGACCUGGCACAAAAUUAUUUUGAUGAGCCAGAAAAUGUUGAAUACAUAAAUAAAAAAAAUAAAAUUAGAUUAAGCCAAUCUGAAAGAUAUGACGGAAGAAAAUUAGAAGUCAAAAAAUCAGAUAGUGAAUAUACGAAGGAUGAGACUGAUGAGGAACUUUUAUUUAGUGAAAAAAGUGAAGAGAAAGAAGCAAAUAACAGAUCUCUCAGUUCUCCAGAAGAUUGGGACUCGGAUGAAUAUUGGAUUCCACAUUUCCCUCGCCAGCAAACUGCACCACAAUCGAAAUGGCUUUACUUUGUCAAACAGAAAAUGAAAGAAGGCAACUUCUGUCCCAUGGAUGUUCACACAGAACCUAUAGCUGAUAAAGUUAAAUAUGAAAAACUGUGCUAUCCUCAAGCUGAAUAUGAAUCAGAUGGACAAUUUGACGAUUAUUCUGGCGAUGAUAGUUGAUAUAUAUAUUUUUUUUCUUAAUAGGUAAAUUUUCGAAAAUAAUAUAAAUAGUAUUAUUGUACUAUAAUUUACAUACUAGCAAUAAUAAUGGACUGACUACCUCGAUUAUUUGUUCUAAAUAUAAUAAUGAUCUGUAUUGAAGUAAAGAAAUAUUUGUAUGAGAUUUUAAGAUAUUUCAAAACUUCUAUUUACCUAUUACUUCUAAGUAAAGUUACAGUUUUAUUCAAU